AUGAAAGCUUUCACGACAAUAACUUGUUUCGCUGUCACAGCAUUGACAACUAAUGCUUUUCGAACUCCUUCAAUUGAUGGAGUUAAGCAGUUUGUGUUUAACGAAGUAGAGGAAGAUACUAUUCUGAUAGGUACUGACUUAUUAAACUCUGCAAGGCCGAAAUCGGACAAUUUGAAGGCAAGCGAAAUAGGUGAUAUAUUAGAUGCUUGGAAAGACUUAGAAAAGAAACACAGUCACUCUUAUCUCGAGAGUAAAAUUAAACAAUAUAACUCUAAGUUUUCUGCUGACAAGUUCAAUAAUAAGGUCCUGAGUAAACCCGAAGAGACUGGUUCGAAAGAGAAAUAUCAAACUUUAAGUAAUCAAAAGUUCGAUAGUUAUAAUUUGAGAAUUAAAAAAAAUAACCCCGAAAUCUUAGGCUUGGACUCUGUUGACCAGUACACGGGCUAUUUGGAUGUUGACAAGUUAGGAAAACACUUUUUUUUCUGGUUUUUUGAGUCAAGAGGUAACCCAAAAGAAGAUCCCUUAAUUUUAUGGCUUAAUGGAGGACCCGGUUGCUCAUCUGCAACUGGGUUAUUCUUCGAAUUGGGUCCUUCCCUGAUUAAUUCGACUUUACAACCGGUCUUUAAUCCGUAUUCUUGGAAUUCUAAUGCCUCAGUUAUUUUCUUGGAUCAGCCAGUUGGUGUAGGAUAUUCUUACACAGAGGGAGAGGAUAUUAAAAGCACGGCUGCAGCAGCUGAAGAUGUUUAUAUAUUUUUGGAGUUGUUUUUCCAAAAAUUUCCUAAGCUAACUAAUAAUAAAUUCCAUAUUGCAGGUGAAUCUUAUGCUGGACAUUAUAUCCCCAGCUUUGCCAGUGAGAUUAUAAACCGCGCUGAUAGAUCUUUCGAACUUUCGUCCGUGUUGAUUGGAAAUGGAAUAACAGAUCCUUUAAUUCAAUAUGCAUAUUAUAAACCCAUGGCAUGCGGUGAAGGAGGAUAUCCGGCUGUAAUUGACGAAGCUUCUUGCGAGAAAAUGGAAAUUGAUUAUCCGAGGUGUGCUGCUUUAACAAAGUUGUGUUACUCGGCUCCAAGUGCUUUUUCAUGUGUCCCUGCAACAUUGUAUUGUGAAGAGAGAUUGUACGGUCCAUACUCAAAGACAGGCUUAAAUCCUUACGAUAUAAGGAAGGACUGCAGUGAUGGAGGCAAUUGUUACGUAGAAAUGGAUUAUCUUGAUGACUACUUGAACCUUGACUAUGUAAAAGACGCUGUUGGUGCAUCCAAUAUUGAUAUCUUCACUUCCUGCGAUGACCAAGUUUUCAGAAAUUUUAUACUAAGCGGUGAUGAAAUGAUGCCAUUUCAGCAAUAUGUUGCUGAAUUACUUGAUAAAGACAUCCCAGUAUUACUCUACGCUGGCGACAAAGAUUUUAUAUGCAACUGGUUAGGUAACCAUGGUUGGUCCGAUGCGCUCGAGUAUGGUGAUCAUGAGCAGUUCGAAAAGACGUCAUUGAAACCAUAUAUAACAAAAAAUGGGAAACUCGCAGGUGAAGUUAAAAACUACGGAAUUUUCUCUUUCGUAAGAAUUUACGAUGCCGGCCAUAUGGUUCCAUAUGAUCAACCUGAAAAUUCGUUAGAUAUGGUUAACCGCUGGAUCAAUGGAGAUUAUUCUUUUGGAAAGAAAUAA